AUAAUAAUAUUACUUAUUAAUUUGGUGUUAAGAGAUUAAUGUUUUUUGUAACGAAGUAUAAUCCAGACAUCAACUGAACAUUUGAUUAUUGGCACUUGGAUUCUUUCUAGAAGCAGUCAAGAUCCAAACGGAAGUACAAGAAAGUGCAAAAGCACAACAUUGCAUAAUGUGUCCCCUUUAAGAGUUAAGGAACAAUUGUGUUCCUGAGUGUGAAUCAAGUCAAAAUGAGAUGCUGAUGCUGUCGUCGUCGCUGGCAGCUGUGAAGGUGUCUCCUCUCAUAGAGAAGGUCGGUGACCACAAAGACUUCAAGAAGCUGCUCAGGACAAGAACCAAUGUCCUGGUGCUCUACACUAAGACAGCUACAUCGGGGGACUUCUAUCUGAAACUGUUGUCUGACGUUGCCCAAACAGUGAAGGGCCAGGGGACCAUUGCGUGGGUCAACUGUGGUGAUUCAGAGGGUCGCAAACUCUGUAAAAAAGUGAAGGUGGACCCGAGCUCCAGACGCGAGGGAGCGGAGCUGCUGCAUUACAAAGAUGGGACAUUCCACACAGAGUACAACAGACCUGCUACAUUUAAGUCUAUGGUAGCAUUUUUAAAGGACCCGUCGGGACCCCCGCUGUGGGAAGAGAACCCCGAAGCAAAAGACGUGGUCCAUGUCGAAACGGAGAAAGACUUCAGAAAGCUGUUGAAGAAAGAGGAAAGACCGGUCCUCAUUAUGUUCUACGCCCCCUGGUGCGGCGUUUGCAAGAGGAUGCAGCCUGUUUUCCAGCAGGCGGCCACAGAAACAAAAGGCAAAUAUGUGCUGGCAGGGAUGAAUGUUCACCCGGCCGAGUUUGACGGCCUUAAGCAGGAGUACAACGUCAAAGGCUACCCGACCUUCUGCUACUUUGAGAAGGGGAAAUUCCUUCAUCACUAUGAAAACUACGGCGCUACCCCAAAGGAUAUAGCAGAUUGGCUGAAGAACCCUCAGCCCCCGCAGCCAAAGACUCCGGAGGUGCCGUGGUCGGAGACGGACUCGCCGGUCUUCCACCUGACCGAUGAGUCUUUUGACAACUUCCUGGAGGAACAUCCUGCAGCCCUGGUCAUGUUCUAUGCUCCCUGGUGCGGCCACUGCAAGAAAAUGAAGCCAGAGUAUGACGAAGCGGCCGAAGUACUCAACAAAGCCACAGAUAGCCCUGGCGUGCUGGCAGCAGUCGAUGCCACGGUGCACAAGGCUGUGGGAGACCGCUUCAAGAUCUCUGGAUUCCCCACCGUGAAGUAUUUCGAGAAAGGGGAAGAAAAGUAUACACUCCCACACCUCCGAAGCAAAGACAAGAUCAUCGAGUUCAUGCACAAUCCCCAGGCUCCUCCGCCUCCAGAGCAGUCUUGGGAGGACAGGCCCUCCAGUGUCAGCCAUCUUGGCUCAGAGGAUUUCAGAGAAGCUCUGAAGAAGAAGAAGCAUGCUUUGGUCAUGUUUUAUGCUCCCUGGUGUCCACACUGUAAAAAUGCCGUCCCUCACUUCACCACAGCAGCAGAACUCUUUAAGGAGGACCGCAAGAUUGUUUAUGCUGCUGUGGACUGCACAAAAGGACUGAAUCAUGACCUCUGCAAGCAGGAAGGGGUGGAGGGCUACCCAACGUUCAACCACUACAACUACGGCAAGUUUGUGGAGAAAUACAACGGAGAUCGCGGGGAAGCAGGCUUCAUCGGAUUCAUGCGUAACCUCAGAGGCCGCGACCAGGAGAAGGUGGUCAAGAGGAAGGAGGAGCUCUGAGGGAAGGGGGAGGGGCCGCGCGCACGGAGGAAAAGCAGGGGCAGGGAGGGGAGGGCAAUGCACUGUGACCCUUGAGUUUGGCGAGGGCCCUUUCGGCACUGAAGUGGGAGACUCAAUGACCUCAGCGAAAGGCUAUUUUUUUAUACCAUGGUGAUCUCAUUUGUAAUGAUACCAAGAGUACUGACCAACCACUUGAGACUUCUUUCUUAUGGAUAUUUUGAUGGGCACAAAAUUGAUUUAAAAGAAAAAAAGUUUUUUUUAUUUGUUUUGUUUGGUUUUUUUUGCCCAAUCACUGUGACUUGAACAUGUUAAAAGCUACACCCUAUCUAUGCAAACGUGAGCCCUGCUUCUGCCUGUGGGAGUCUGUGCGAUCUGACUGUGGUGGCGGUCAACGUGGACGAUGCAUCUUCCGUCGCUACGCAAGAGGGUUUCAUAUGAUUAUUUUCAACCUGGCACUGUCUUCACAGAUGAUCCAUGCUGAUUUUUUUUCUUUUUUUUUUUCCACGUUAUUUAGUACGUCAGUUUCUUUUCUUUUUUUUUUUUUUUUUGAAGAUCAUUUAGAAUAAGUAAGUCACGUGUUUCCAUUUAAUUAUCCAUUUCUGUCUAAAUCCAGUUCAGCUUGGUGGCGUCAUCAGGUUGACAUUUUCCCAGGCCUUUAGCAAGGACCAAUAGAAAGACAUGUAAAGUAGCUGAGAUCCAAAUCGUAGUUUUUAUAAGGUUUGUUGUUCAUCUACUUGAACUUUCAAGUAAAAAAAAACAGAGAAAAAAAAAACAUUUUUAGCUGUACAAUCAGUAAUAAUCCAAACUAGGCAACAUGGGGGACUAACGGGUCAAUGUUCUGUCUCUGUCUCCAAAAUGGUGGCCUUUUGAAAAUUGAAUGUGAAUUAUCUGAAACUGCAAAAUGAUGAAAAUAAGUGGAAGAGAGUCGGAGGCCUGGUGUGACUGCAACUUGAACCAGUCCAGCUAACGUAAUCAUGUAUUUAUCUCUCACAGCUGUGCUGAUAUUUUCUCUCUGGCUUUUUGGUUUACUGCUCGCUCAUAACGAGGUUUCAUGAAUAUGCUAACAAGGUGGAGGGCUCCUUUACAUUAGCAUAGACGCUACAAAAGGUGUCGGGAUUUGAUUAUGAAAGUUACCUUUUCUGACGUUGUUUUGCAGAAGUACUCACUGCCUUCGAACAUCACAUCAACAUUCAACACGUUUUCUUGGGCAUUUUAUUAGAACAAAAAGUAAUAAGUUGUGAAGUGGAAGGAAAAUGAUGCAUGGUUUUUCAAAAUUUCUAAAAAAUCCAAAUCUGAGAUUGAAUUCUUUAUCUAUUCUUUGGGCAAAGUAACUCUGGCUCAGUCAGACUGGAUGGAGAGCAUGGGUUAACAGCAGUUAAUAAGUUUUACCACAUGUCUUUUGUUGGAGUUAGCUCUGGACUUUGACUGAGCCAUUGUAAGAAACAAAUAUACUAACUAUUCUUCCUAGACUGUCAUCUUGCUAGAAGGUAAACAUCUGCUUCAGUCUGCCUCUGACCAGCUUUCCUGCCCCUUUAGAAUAAGAUUAUCCCCACAGCAUGAUGCUGCCGCCACUGUGUUUUCACCUUUUAAAGGCUAUCGGGUUGCACUGGUUUUGAUUUAGGGGCAUCAUAUUAUACGCACACACCAAGUCUUCCAGGUGUUAUUUCAAAACCAAAACCGUGUGUCACUUUUGUUACACUUCUCAAUUGUUAGUCUGCUGCAUAAAAUCAAAUGAGUAGUUUUUACGUUCGUGGCUGUAGCAUGAGUAAAUGUGGAACAGAAACGAAAGUGCACAAAUACUUUUGCAAGACGACGGGUCAUACGAAGUGAUUCUAUUUAGAUCUUACCUAAAUGCAGAGCUGGAUCCCUUCAGACUUAGUCCGUGAGCAGUGAGCUUUGUGGCUCUGCAGCCUGCUGCAUGUGACCGUGCUGCGUUCAUUGACUCCUCUCUAUGUGGAUUGGUUUGCUCCAGUCCACAUCCGCCUGUCCCAGUCCCGGAUCUUCUCGAACACAUCUAGACGCUCAUCCCCCUGCUGUUGCGUCUCAGCAUCAUAUUUGACUCAUCAUUAAUACCUUUUUAUCCCUAAAAUCAUUCUUUUUUUAUUUUGUUUGUUUUCUAACAUUUGAACUCCUGUCUGUUGCUCUGUUUGUGUUUAUUAAUCAAAACCUUUUCCUUCCAUACAAAUACGAUUCUCAGGGACAGUGUAACACAGUUAAAAAGGGAAUGCACUUCUUUCCAACUGAAUCAUUCUGAGCCCUUAGGCCACCGUACUAAAUAUUGUUUACAUUUAUAUCUCAAAAACACACACUUCAUUUGUUUUCCCCUCUUUUUUCCUUCGUAACUCGAUCGAGGCGUGUUGGUAGUAGAGGUUACUGAACCCUUUAUUGUAAAAGACCCAAUAUUUUUUAAUAACUUGUUCCAGUGGAAAUGACUGAAAUGUUCUGGCUGGAACCAAAUACAUUUUAUGCCCAGUUGUGAUUUCAUAGUGUGUGUGAACGUCCACGAGUGUUUCAUGCAAUGAGGUGGAAGAGGACACGCCGCUGUAAUUAAGGUGGCGUCCUCAUCUCAUGAGGCAACAACUGCCUUUCAUUCAUCUUUCCACUGGUUUAUUUUCAGCAGCCGCCCCACUGACAGUGUACGUUUGUUGAAUAAUCGAGAAAUUUCUUCCCAAAGGUAUUCAUGUUCUGUGGGUAUUUUUUGCAAUUUAUGCCAAGAAGUCAUUGUUGCCUUUUGUUGAUUUUUUUUUGUUUGUUUGUUUUUCCUCUGUCCCCAGCCAUAUGUACAGUUGUGACCCUUGCAGUAAGAAAGUAAAAUAAAGCCAAACAUUUCCAACAUUUUGUUUUACCUUUCUAUGGAAUAAAUGGUUCUUUUUGUUAA